GUCGGCGGGCGAUGGUGCGGUGGAGCGAGCGCACGCGGGCGGCCCGGCGGUGGGCAUGAAGGAGGAUGGAAGGGCAGGACGAAGUGUCGGCGCGGGAGCAGCACUUCCACAGCCAAGUGCGGGAGUCCACGAUAUGCUUUCUUCUUUUCGCGGUCCUCUACGUUGCCUCCUGCUUCAUCAUCACAAGAUACAAGAGGAAGUCAGAUGAACAAGAAGAUGAAGACGCCAUAGUCAACAGGAUUUCGUUGUUUCUGAGCACCUUCACUCUAGCAGUUUCAGCUGGGGCUGUUUUGCUUUUACCCUUCUCAAUCAUCAGCAAUGAAAUCCUGCUUGCUUUCCCUCAAAACUACUAUAUUCAGUGGCUGAAUGGCUCCCUGAUUCAUGGCCUGUGGAAUCUCGCUUCUCUUUUUACCAACCUUUGUUUAUUUGUGUUGAUGCCUUUUGCUUUUUUCUUUCUGGAAUCAGAAGGUUUCGCUGGCCUGAAAAAGGGAAUCCGGGCCCGAGUGUUAGAAACUCUGGUCAUGCUUCUGCUCCUUGCACUGCUGAUCCUCGGUAUCGUGUGGGUGGCCUCAGCCCUGAUCGGCAACGACGCCGCCAGCAUGGAGUCUUUAUACGACCUCUGGGAGUUCUACCUCCCCUACCUGUACUCCUGCAUCUCCCUGCUGGGCUGCUUGCUGCUUCUCUUGUGCACCCCAGUCGGCCUCUCCCGGAUGUUCACAGUGAUGGGUCAGUUGCUGGUGAAGCCAACAAUUCUUGAAGACCUGGAUGAACAAAUUUAUGUAAUCACCCUGGAAGAAGAAGCCCUCCAGAGACGGCUGAAUGGACUGUCUUCAUCCGUGGAACACAACGUAAUGGAAUUGGAACAAGAACUUGAGAGUGUGAAGACUCUUAAGACAAAAUUAGAGAGGCGAAAAAAGGCUUCGGCAUGGGAAAGAAACUUGGUGUAUCCUGCUGUAAUGGUUCUACUUCUUAUUGAGACGUCCAUCUCGGUACUCUUGGUGGCGUGUAAUAUUCUGUGUCUGCUGGUUGAUGAGACAGCAAUGCCCAAGGGAACAAGGGGGCCUGGAAUAGGAAAUGCCUCUCUGUCCACAUUUGGUUUUGUGGGAGCUGCCCUUGAAAUCAUUUUGAUUUUCUAUCUCAUGGUAUCUUCUGUUGUUGGUUUCUAUAGCCUCAGAUUUUUUGGAAACUUUAUGCCCAAGAAGGAUGACACAACGAUGACAAAGAUCAUUGGGAAUUGUGUGUCGAUCUUGGUCCUGAGCUCUGCUCUGCCUGUGAUGUCCAGAACGCUGGGAAUCACUAGAUUCGAUCUACUUGGAGAUUUUGGAAGGUUUAAUUGGCUGGGGAAUUUCUACAUUGUGUUAUCCUACAACCUGCUCUUUGCCAUUGUGACAACACUGUGUUUGGUCAGAAAAUUCACCUCUGCUGUACGAGAAGAACUUUUCAAGGCUCUAGGGCUCCAUAAACUUCACUUAUCAGAUACUCCAAGAGAUUCAGAAACUACAAAACCUUCUGCAAAUGGGCACCAGAAAGCACUGUGAGACUCUCCUGGUUCAGCACUGUUCUGCAGAAGAGCCUCAGGACUCCAAACUCUUGACAUUCCUGACAGACAGAGCAUUUUCACACCGACUGACCAACUGAGCGCCUGGUGGUUAGAGUCUGCGCCUAUCUACCUAUCUAUUGGGGUCACUUUUCAUAGCCCAUGAGGACUGGUUAUGCUGAUCGUGUUUUUUAGUUUUAAUUUUCUCAGAUCCUGUUAAAUGAAGAUUCAUAGAGAUGAAGAAAAGCACACUUUUCUGCAGACGUGUUGCUUGUCAGCAGACAACCAUCCACAUGAGAUGGUCUCCCUGAGGUGGCAGUGUGAGAAGAGGUGGACCAGGAGCCUGCCUAAUGCUUUGCUUGAAGCAGGAGGAGUUUGGUUGUGCAAGUGGAAACCUGACUGAAGGUCACCCUUGUAUCUCAUGAAGCCUCUUUAGAAAGGGCCGUUUUCAUUCGUAGAAACUGCCAUGCUGAUUGCAAGUUACAUUUUUAAAAUUUCCUUAAAAAAACCAAAAGCAUAGUUUUAAUUCAUGUUAUAGAACUGCCAUUAGACUCUGAGCCAAGGGAGGCACCCUGAGCCUGCACAGUGUGGCAAGCUGUGGUGGGCAGUGUGUGUGUGCGUGUGCGUGUACCUGGAUUACCUCCCAUGGCACAGUUGCCAGUGAGCACACUUGUCACUUGGACUUUGCCUUACGGGCCGUCUGCACACUCACUGCUUUAAACCGCGGUCUUCGAGCCUCUCUGGAUUCCCUGUGCUCCGUGGUGCUGUGCCGUGGGAACAAGUGCCGAGUGGCGAAGCUCUUCCUCCUCCUCGUGUUCCUCGGGCUUUGGUCACAUUUGCAUACACCACGACACACCGUUGACUUACAGAUGCUUCCAGUACAACACCCAGAACUCACAAGGCCAGCUUCUCCGUGGAAGAACACGCUCUAGCAACCUUGUAUUUGCUAAGUUACAAGGAGUUGUUGGAUGGUUUCCCGACUCAGUCUGCUGAAUCAGAACGUGAGCACACGCUCUGUGGCUGGCCCCAAGCCAGGGUCCGCACCAGACCCGCCCUUCUCACAGCUACAGUGCUGCACUUCGUGUGUGUGCGACACACUGCGUUCAGACACAGCAUUUCCUCAGACUGUUGAAUUAGAAGUUUCUGCUGGAGAAAUCUAGGAAAAACAGGCCAUAUCUAUUUGAUCAGAAAUUUCAUUGCUGGGGGUGGUGGCGCCUGCCUUUAAUCCCAGCACUUGGGAGGCAGAGGUGGGAGAAUCACCGUGAGUUUAGAAAUGAGACUCCAUAGUGGGUUCCAGGUCAGUCUGAACUAGAGCGAGAUCCUACCUCGAAAAACAAAAACAAAAUAAAAAACAAGAGUUUUCAUUUAGAAGCAAACAGUAAGACAAUUGUGUACACCGCUAAGUUGAGCAAGCACCACAGGGAGGUGAGCCAUGUGUCCCCACUGAGCACGUCUCUCCUCUGUGUGUGCUGAGGAUGUACUUGCCAUCCUCCCUCCUGUCUUUAAAAUCGCUGAGUUUUCAGAGAAACCAAGCUGCUGUUCUUCGGGACUCAGUGCACACUAGUCCAGGACUGAUGGAUUUUCUGCAUAAGCUCUAUCUUCCAUCUUACAGUAAAAACUGCUUUCCAAUUUCAUGUUCAUUAUGGUCACGUUAGCGCUAAUUGCAAGCCCUGCUUCUUACUGAAACCUGAAAUCCAUACUUGGAGUGCUACACCAAGCUGAGAGAGAACAGAAAGAAAGUCAGGAGUGUGCUGAAAUUACUUUUAACUUACACCACUUCCAGGACACAUCCUAAUAACAGAGCUCCUGGGAAUUUGUAAGAUAAGGUAUCUGAAACAAUUUUCAUAAAAUAUUAAACUUUUCAAUGUCUGUCUCAA